AUGAUGUCCUGGUGGUCGUCCUCGGCCAACACGGCUCUGGACGAACAGAUUGAAAAGGCUACCAGUAGCAGCCUAGAGGAUAUUGCUCUCAACCUCGAAAUCUCCGAUGUCAUCCGUUCAAAGACAGUCGCUCCCAAAGAGGCCAUGCGCAGCCUCAAACGUCGCAUAGGCAACAAAAACCCUAAUACGCAAAUCAGCGCUCUCAAUCUCACCGAUACCUGUGUCAAGAAUGGCGGCUCGCAUUUCCUGGCCGAGAUUGCCUCACGCGAAUUCAUGGACAAUAUGGUGUCGCUUCUUCAAGCCGUUGGCGGAGGCGCAGUCAAUGGCGAAGUCAAAUCAAAGAUUCUCGAACUGGUUCAGUCUUGGGCUGGCGCCACAGAAGGCCGAUACGAGCUCUCCUAUAUUGGAGAAGUGUAUCGAACACUACAGCGCGACGGCUAUCAUUUCCCUCCCAAGGUUGCAGUUGCUAGCAGCAUGAUCGACAGUAAUGCGCCCCCCGAAUGGGCCGACUCUGACGUUUGCAUGCGAUGUCGCACCGUCUUUACCUUUACGAACCGAAAGCACCAUUGUCGCAACUGUGGGAACUGCUUCGACCAACAGUGCUCUACCAAGACUGUCGCACUCCCACAUCUCGGAAUACACACACCAGUACGGGUCGAUGACGGUUGCUACGCCAAAAUCACUGGCAAGGGUUACAAGGAUCUAGGUCCUCUUCAAGAUCGCUCUCCUACCUACCCACACAAGACCAAGAGCACCACAGCUAUGCAGCCGCGUAAUGCUCGUGUCGAGGACGACUUUGACGAAGACAUCAAAAAGGCUUUGGCUAUGAGCUUGGAAGAGGUCAACAGCUCCACCAAGGGCAAGGUUGCGUCUCCAGUCAACGGUCAUAGAGCCAGCGACUCAGCCGCCGCAAAGCAAGCCGAAGAGGAAGAUGCUGACCUGCGCGCUGCCAUCGCUGCAUCAUUAGCCGAUGUGGAAGAGCUGAAACAAAAGCACAGUGCCGCGCUUAAGGAGCAGACCGCAAUACCAUCGGGAAGCGUAGCCAACACAUUCGCCAUGCCCAAAAACGAUUAUGAAUUGACUCCCGUCGAAGCUGAAAAUAUUAACCUUUUCGCCACCUUGGUCGAUCGUCUUCAAACCCAACCUCCGGGGACGAUUCUUCGAGAGCCCCAAAUUCAAGAAUUGUACGACAGUAUUGGCACGCUGCGGCCGAAGCUGGCCCGCACCUAUGGCGAGACUAUGAGCAAGCAUGACACAUUACUAGAUUUGCAUGCGAAGUUGUCAACUGUCGUCCGAUACUAUGACCGUAUGCUAGAGGAACGACUCUCAAAGGCGUACAGUCAACAGCAUCUCGGUUUCAGCCCGGCUCCUCUCCGCCAACAUGCUGGUCCGUACCCAUCCAUUUCGGCGCAAAACACAGGUAACGCGCACGGAGAGUCUUUCUACACCGGGCAGCAGCUAGGGUACCCGUCCAUGCGAAGCCCGCACUUGCAGCAGGCGCAGCCAAGCCAGCCCCAGUUUGCAUCCUACGCCGCCGUCCCUGACCAGUACCCUUCAAUGCCACAGCAAACAGACUCAUCACAUAUGCAUGUGCCGCAGCAGCCUAUGAUCUCGCCGUCUGCCGAUCCAAAUAUGGCAUAUUAUGCCAACCCCAGUGCCCCGCCACCAGUGCCGUCUCCUUCCGGCCCGUCGGCGCCCGGACCCGCACCAGAUGCCGCACAGUCACCAUACCCGAACCUCCAACAAGUGCAGUACCACCGCGGAUCAGUGUCAUCUCAGACACAGGGCACGCCAGUGCCAGCGCAAACGCAACCGGUCCACUCCCCACCCCAUGCGCAACCUCCUCAGCAAGCUGUUCCCAGAACACAUCAGCAACCGUAUUGGCAGCAGACCCAAGCGUCCGCUCCAUCGCAGCAAGCUCCUCAGACUUGGGGAUAUGCUGGACAGCUUCCCUCUGUCCCGCAGCACGAGCCGGUGAAACAGCCGGCACAAGAGGAAGCGCUUAUUGAGCUGUAG